GCCCCCUGGCGGCCGAAGAGGAGCGGCCGCGGAAGCCCCACAUCACUUUGGAAGCCCCUUGGAAACACCCCAGGAUGGAUGGGAAGGAGAAGGGGGCCAACAUCGAGGAGAGGCUGGAGAAGCUGAGGGAAUCCCUGCAGAUCCCCCCGGGAGCGCCCCCCCCAUCCCGGCAGCGGCGGCUCCAGACGUGUGACCGUGUGCUCCGAUCGUGUGUGGAGCAGCUGGGCCGGGAGGGUCCCCCCUCCUUUGGCCCCCCCCUCGUGGCCCUGGCCCAGGAGGCCGCCAGGGGCUACCUCAGCGUGGUCCCGAACCCCCCGGGCCUGUACUUGGAGAAGAUCCUCUUCCACUUGCUCAGGAAUGCCGUGAAUUCCUGCUGGAGGACCGGGAAUUCCUGCUGGGCUGCGGCUGAGCUGCUGCGGGAGCGACUCCGAACCUACACCCCCCUCCAGGACCCCCCCAAAGACUUCACCACUGUCACCUACAACACCUUCUGUGUUCUCUGGAAAGGGGCAGCAGCCCUGGCAGGGCCUGACCGGCCUCGGGAAGAGGGAAGAUCCCUGUUUUCUGCCCAGAUUCGUGCCCUGCGCUUCCUGCUGCUGCUGGAGCGGGACGGGGGGUCUCUGCCCCCUCUGCAGCCCCCCUUCUUCACCUCCCAGACAGCCCAAAAGGCAGCAGCAGCCUCUGCCCUCUAUGAGGCCGAGAGGGCUCCCUGCCCUGUGUUCUUGGCCCGGCAGCUCCGGGAAUUCCUCCUGGAGACUCUCCGGGAGGAAGCCCCAAAUCCUCCCGGGAUCCAACACUCCCUGUGCUUCCUGGAGCUCACCCUGGAGUGCUCCAGGCACCUCUGCAGGGCUGGCAGGUUCCACGAGGCUCUGGAGGCCCUGGAGGAGGCCAAGGCAUUCCUGGGGUGCUCCAGGGAGGAUUUGGGGGCCCCCCUGGCGCUGCUGGAGGCCGGGAUCCAGCUGGGAAAGGGGAGGUCCCCCCCAGGGCCCCUGCUGUCCCAGGCAGCUGCAGUGCUGAGGGGGGAGGGCUCAGAGAGGACCCUCAGGGUGCUGCUGGAGGGGGCCCGGUUUGUGACAGCCCAGCUCGGGGAGGUGACGAGGAGGAGUCGGGAGCUGCCCUUCGGCCUCGAGGACCUGCCCGGGCUCUGUGCCUUCACCGAGGGGCAUUGCUGGGCCCUGCAGCGGCUGCUCGGCAGGGUGCCCCCCGAUGCCCUCAAGCAGCAGGUGACAGUGAAGCAGCUCCUGUUCCGGAGCCUCCAGCUCUUCUCCAACACCAUCCAUGACACCUUCCAGGGCUCCCAGCCCUCAGGGUGGCUGGGGCUGGCCCAGGUGAGCAGGACCUGCACCCGGAGCGUGACCUGGAUGGUGGAGGCUCUGAGGGGGCUCCCCGAGACCGACAGGGCCAAGUUCCUCGAUGUCACCGCCUCAUGCACCUUCAAGCUGGGCUUCGCCUUCCAGAGCCGGAACUUUCUGGAAGAGGCCGGAACUAUCUGCGAGCCCUUCUGCAGGGGGGUGGUGGAACUGGGGGGCUACAGCUGCCCUGACACCCCCCCAGAGAGGCUCCACAAGUGUUUCCGGAUGCAGGUGGAGAGCUGGAAGCGCCUGGGGCGGACGGAGCAGGCUCUGGGCUCAGUGACCACGUGGCUCCUGGCCCUGACCCAGCCUGGGGGACCCCUGGUCCAGCCUGGGGGGGUCCUGAGGGCCCAACCUGGGGGGCUCCUGCAUGAGCCUGUGGGACUCUGGGCCAGGAUCAAAUCGGAGGCGGCCAAACAGGGCCAGGAGGAGCUGCGGCUGCGGACCCUCAGGGACUCCCUGGAAGGCCAUUCCCUGGACAAGGCCACCCUGGUGUCCCUCCUGCUGGCCGAGCUCCAGGCUUACAAGUGCCUGAAGUGGGACACGGGGCCGGAGCGUUACAACGUCCUGUGUGACCUCCUGGAGCUCUGCCCCGAGGACCCCGGGGGGCUCCUCCCGAGGGCUCUGGGGCUCCUGGAGCUGGCCCAGGUCCUGUGCUACCACAGCUUCGCCCCCCACACUGACUGCUCUGCGCUGGACGCGAUCCGGGAGGCCCUGAGGCUGCUGGAAAAGGUGCCCCAGAAUUCCCAGAACCGGGAUCAGCUCCUGGAUGAGAAGGCCCAGGCCCUGCUCUGGCUCCACAUCUGCACCCUUGAGGCCCACAUGGAAAAGGGCAUGGAGAGGGAGCAGAGGGGGAGGACCCAGGGCAGCAGGAACCUGGAGGAGUUUGAGCCCAACGACCUGAAUGCCGAGGGAAGGGCGGGAGAGGAGCUGGAUCCGCAGGAUGGGAUCAGCUGCACCCUGGACACCGACAGGGCUCUGACCAAAAGCCUGGACGAAGCCUUUUCCCUAUGGAAGCAGCUCCUGGAAUCCCCUGGAAUUCCCUGUGUUCGGAGCCUGGAACAAACCGUGACCUCCCUGCACCUCCUGGCCACCCUUUACAAGCUCCUGGCCAAGCCCAUCCAAGCCCUGGAGAGUUUCCUGCUGCUCCGAUCCUUGUGCCGGAGCCUCAGUGACACUCCCGGCGCUGCCUGGGCCUUGUCCCACCUCACCCGCCUGCUCCUGCAGCUGGAAUGUCCCACCCAUGCCCAGGUUUUCCUGGAAGAGCUGGAGUCCAUCCUGAGGGAAUUCCCAGGUGGAGAUGAAUCCCAGCAGCUCCUGCAACAUUCCUGCCUCCUGCUCCGGAGCCACCUGUGCUGUGUCAGCCAAAAAAUGGAGGAGGGGCUGUCCCUGCUCCUGCAGGUUCUCCAGAGCCCCCUGGCCCAAAAGGCCACCAAGGGCUGGUACCUGCUCCAGGCCCAGGGGCUCCAGGUGGUGGCCACGUACCUGGGAAUGGCCCCUGCACACCUGGAUCCAGAGCUCCGGCACCGGCUGCACCGGAAAGGCUGGAAGACCCCCAAGGUGGCCCUGAUGGAGGUCCAGAAGCUCCUUCGCAGUGUCAUCAUCUUCCUCCUGGGCUUUGACAUCCUGGGGGGCUCCCGGAGCAACGAGGGGGCAGAGCAAUUCCAGGACUAUGGUGCCAACGUGGUGCUGAAGUGGGAGGUGCUGGGGGAGGCCCUGUGGUGCUGUGAGCGCCUGGUGACGCUGCUGGGCCGGGCCGAGGUGCUGUGCCGGGCCAGGGCCUUCUGUGGGGAGGCCCUCAGGCUGUCCGGGCUCCUGCAGGGCACACGCUGGUGCACGUCAUUCCUGCUGCUGAAAUCUCAGCUGGAGCUGCAGCAGGGGGAGCUGGAGCUGAGCCAGCUCAACCUCCAACACACCCUGUUCCUGCUGCAGCCCCACCCAGAGCUCAAAGCCCCCCAGGAGCCCCUGCUCCCACCCAAGAUCCACCCGAGGAAGGGCCACAUGGAACCGAGGAGGCGCUGGGACCACCCCAAAAACCCCUCGGGGGAGGAGGACGAGGGGUUCCUAAAGGGCCCUGCCCUGGAAUUCGUGGCUCCUUCAAGCUCCCAGGACCCUCUGAGUGCCCUCACAGCCUCCCCUGAGCUGAAACCCGGGAAGAAGAUGAGCCUGGCCUUCCUCUCCCACCCCUGGAGCUGCCCCUGCUGCCUCUGCUCAGACCUGGUGGUGUCGGUGCUGGGCCUGCGCUGGGCCCUGGCCCAAGCCCGAGGCCGGGUCCUGGCAGGGGAAGGGGCCACGGGGGUGGCCCUGGUGAGGAGGGUCCUGCCCCGCUGUGCCAGGGUGGGCCACAGGUUUGCCAGGGAGCUCAGCGACAGGCUGGGGGGGCACCACGGAAAAGGGGAGCCCCCCGGGGACAGGGACCACCCCGGGAACCAGAACUGCUCUGGGACUGGGGACCCCACCAGGGACAGGGACCCUCUUGGGAACCAGGACCUGGGGCUGCAGGACCCCUGUGAGGACCAAGACCCUGCUGAGAACUGGGAUCUGCCCACCCUGGACCCCCAGAACCCCCCCAGAACAAGACCCCAGCCCACCCUGGGCCUGCUGGACGAGCUGGUGGCCAUGGGCUACUCCACGCUGGCCCUGCAGAGCCUGAGCAGUGCCGGGGGGCUCUGGGACCCCCAGGAUGAGGAGCUGGAGUGGGGAUUGACCUUCCUGGGGUCCUGCAGCCCCCACCUGCCUGGCCUGGGGGUCUCCAGGGCCACCCUGCUGCUGGCUAAGGCCAUGGCCACCCUUGGCCACCUGGCCACCAAACUGGGCCUCUCUGUGGACGAUGUCCUUGCCCAGGGCUGGACCCUCCAACUGCAGCCUCCCCCCCAAAAAAAGACCCUGAAAGACUCCAAGGCUGAACCCCAAAAGCACAAACCUGCCCCCCCCAAGGCCAGGGGGGUGAAGCCCCGUGGGGUGGAACCCCCCAAGGAGAAGCCCUCCAAGGAGAAGCCCCCCAGGGUGAAGCCCCCCAGGGUGAGCCCUCCCAGCCCCCAGGACGUGUUUUCUCCGGGGGACUUGGACUCUGAGGUUGUGCCCCCCAUUGCCAUCAGGGGGCCCUGCACCCCCCACCCCAAAGCUUUUCCCUCCUUCCCGGGGCUCCCCAGCCUCCCCAGGACCCCCUUCACCAUCUACAACGAGGCCUCACCCCCUCCUUGCAAGGCCCAGCUCAGCAGAGCCCCCAGAGCCCAGGGGAGGGUCAAGUCCCGCCUAAAGGUGACAUUCAGUGAUGACAGCGACCUGGAGGAUCCCAAAGCCCCCCCGAGUGCCUCAACCACCCGAAAAACAUCCUGUACCCGCAGGAAGGGGCAGCCCCCCAAGUCCCCAGGAUCCCCCCAAAUGAGCCCCCCAGGAAUGGGGGUCAGACGACAGCGGGGGAGGCCCAGGAAGGACCAAGGAAGCCCCCAAAAAGCGGCUCAGGAGAAGAAGGAAAGGGGGACUCACUGGGCUAGGGGUUCCAGGAGGAAGAAGGAGCAGGAGCCCCCCCAAAAUGUGGCUCUGGAGGAGAAGAAAAGGGGAACCCGCCGGGCUGGGGGUCCCAGGGGGAAGAAGGAGCAGGAGACCCCCCAAAAAGGGGCUCUGGAGGAGAAAACAAAGCAGGGACCUCCCUCCCAGGGGGUGCUGGAGGGGCUGAACCCCCUGAGGGCCAUGGAAGAAGAGGAGGAGGAAGAGCUACGGCGCAGCUUCGAAGUCUCCCAGGAGUGGGGGGGACCCCCAGGGAGGGUCCAGCCCAAGGCCACUGAGGACGUCCCAGGCAGGGGGGACCCCCCACCAGGUUUGGGGGCACCCCUGCCCAUGGCUAGAGGUCACCCAUCCCUGGACUCAGUUUUGGAGCUGCUGCAGGAGGCCCUGGGCUGGAUCAGCCACUUCCCCCCGGGGUCCCUGUAUGGGGGGCUGUGCCAGCUGCUGGCCCUGCUCACGGGGGACAGGGACCCCCUGGGCACAGCAGGGCUGCUCUCGGAGUCCUUGUGUGUCACCGCCCGCCACCAGCUGCUGGGCAUCCUGCACAGCCGGGCAAGGAAGAAGAGGAAGAAGGAGAAGUUGGGAGGGGAUGUGUCGGAGCAGCUCCAGAGCCUUUCCCUGCGGGAAGGGGGGGACCCCCCCCAGCCCUGCCCCCGCCUGGCCCAGCUCGAGGGGCUCUUCCAGUUCAGCACGUCGGGGCUGGGGGCUCCAGAGAGGGAACAAUUCCAGGAGCAGAUCCAGCAGAUCCCCAGUGGGGUGACCGUGGUCCUGCUGGCCCUGGGCAGCCCCUGCCCGGGGGCCGUUGGGGACACUCUGCUCCUGACGCGGCUGGAGAGGGACAUGGAGCCCCUGAGCAUCCGGAUCCCCACCCACAGGUCCCAGGCCCCCCUCAGCUCCAUCCUGAGGGAAUUUGAGUCAAUCCAACGUGAGCAGAAGGAAGCCAACGGAUGCACAGACAAGCAGGAGUGGUGGUCACGGCGUUCCCGGCUGGAUCAGAGGAUGAAGACCCUCAUCCAGAGCCUGGAGUCCCAUGUUUUGGGGUGCUGGCGGGGGCUGCUCCUGCCCAGGCCCCCCGGGAGCUCCCCCAGCUUGGCCGAGGAAUCCUCUCGGCUCAUCCCGGAGCUGCGGAGCUGCGGCUGGAACGACCCCAACCCUGCCCUCGUCCAGGUGCUGCUGAAUGGGGCCCCUGCACUGACCCCCCCUGACAUCCAGGCCUUGGCCUUCGGCCUCUGCCCGGCCCGGCCCCUCCGGGCACGGCUGCUCCUGGAGGAGGCCCUGGAGGGGGCCCUGGAGAGGGACCGAGGGGACAGCAGGGGGUCCCUGGUGCUGCUGCUGGACAAGCACCUGCAGCGUCUCCCCUGGGAGUCCCUCCCGGCCCUCGGGGCCGUGCCGGUGACGCGACUCCCGGCCCUGCGGUUCCUGCUCAGCUACGUGAUGGCCCGGCAGAGCUCAGGAUCCGUCCUGGCCCGGGGGGUGAACCCCAAAAGCACCUUCUACGUCCUGAACCCCCACAACAACCUGGGGGGCACCGAGCAACGUUUCCGGGCCUGGUUCGAGAGUGAGCCAGGCUGGCACGGCGUGUCUGGCUCUAUCCCGACCCCGGAGCAGAUCCAGGAGGCCCUUCUGGAGCACGACCUGUACAUCUAUGCAGGGCACGGGUCGGGGGUGCGGCUCCUGGACAGACAGACCCUUUCCCGGCUGGAAUGUCGGGCUGUGGUGCUGCUCUUCGGCUGCUCCAGCGCCGCCCUGGCCCUGAGGGGGGCCCUGGAACCCACCGGGACAGUGCUCAGAUACGUCAUGGCCGGGUGCCCCCUGGUGCUGGGGACGCUGUGGGACGUCACUGACCGGGACCUGGACCGCUUUGCCCAUGCCCUGCUGCGGGGUUGGCUGGGGGGAGGCCCCGGGACCCCCCUCCUGCCCCACCUGUCCCAGGCCCGCCAGGCCCCCCGACUCAAAUCCCUCAUCGGGGCCGCGCCCGUGGCCUACGGGCUGCCUGUGAGCCUCAGCUGAGGGGGGUCCCUCCCAUUGUCUUUGGGGUCCCCCCAUUGCUUGUGGUGUGGGCUGGAGGGUCCCCCAGUUGGUUUUGGGUCCCCCCUGUUACCUACAGGCUCCUCAUCUCCCUGUGGGGAUGGUUGGGGGGUCCCCCCCAUUGUUUGGAGAUCCCCUUGUUACCUUUGGGGUCCCCCCAUUGCCCUGCUGAGGAUUUUGGGGUCCUCCACCACCGUGGGGCCUUUUGGGGGUAUCUCUGUCUGUUUUGGGGUCCCCGUGCCUGUUUUGGGGAGUUUUGCACGCCUUAAUUUAUUUUAAUGAAAUUGGUUUUAUUCGAGUUUCCGCAACAAUUAAAUAAAUAAAAGCUGCUGCCUCUUUAUCCGA